AUACUAAAUACUUUUUUAAGGAAGUGUGUGUGUGUGAUGUGUGUUUAUGCUUUCAGAAAUGAGGGGAUGAUACGUUUAGCCUGAGGUAAACAUAGGAUGUCUUCCUGAGCCACUCUUUUAUUUUUCUGAUACAGAAUCUCUCACUGAAUCUGUAGCUCACCAAAUUGCCUAUGUUCGCUAACUGGCCAUCAAGCCCCAGGAUUCCUCCUGUCUUUUCCUCACAGCUUUUUACAUAAGUACUGGGGACCUGAAUUCAGGUUCCCUUGUUUACAUGGCAAGCACUUUACAAACUGAACUGUUUCUCCAACCUCAAAUACGUGUUUGUUUGUUUUUUUUAAUGUUCAACCGAUAGCUAGUCUAUUGGCACUUAGCCAUCUAAGUUGAGGAGCAGCAGAAGUACAGAAGUAAUGGUACUGGAAUUCCAAGUGCUUCUUUCUCAUUUAAAAUGCGUUUUGAGGAUUAUGUUUACAGAAUCUCAAUUUUAAAUUGUGCAUAAGAAAGAAGUAGCAGUAAGUUUCAGUUACCUCAUGUCAUAUAAAUGAAGAGAGCUAAAGCAAGGAUCCUCGUGUGCCUUUUACAAAGAUAUAAUAAAUGUUUGAGAUGACAAAUUACCUAGAUAUCCUGAAUUGCGUAUUGCAGUGUAUACAUGUACCAAGAUACACCGUAUCUCAUAAAUAUGUACAACUGUAUACAUUAUUUUUUAAUUAAGAGAGAAAAAUAAAACACCAAACACUUAGACUGUAAGUCAUGAUACCAAUAAGUAAGAAGGCCACAGAUGCUGCCCCUGAAUCCAGCUGCCGAGCGAGAGCUGUCUGAUCAAGGCCUAAGACACAUGCACUCUUUUCUUCUGCCCGGCAGCCUCACUUCACACUGAUACAGAGGGCUGACCCAUAACACAUUGCCCAUGCUUCAGUGGAUGACCAUACCAAUGUGCAGAGGCAGUACUAGUUAGACUCUGGGCUAUAGACAAAGGAGGAGUCUGGAAAGAAGAGGGUAAUAAUGAAGUGGAUGUGAUGAUCUCAAAGAGUUGGAGUGGGAGUAGAAGCAGAUAUCAUCUAAACACUUUGUACCUGUGUGUGAAAUUAUAAAAGGAACGAUGAUGAUGAUGAUAAUGAUAAUACUAAUAACUGUUAGAGAUAAGAAUUGGCAGUGAUCUAAUUUCCAAAACAUUUAUUGGUCCUUGUAUCUUUCAGAUAUGCUGGCUGUUAAGUUACACAGAUGAAUGGUGGACCCACCUCUCAGAAACCUUAAAGGUGCUGGGGAAGAGAUAGCGAAUACUUGUAAUUGCAGCUCUUGGAAGGCUGAGAUAGAAGGUUCCACCGCCCCAGACCAGUUUCGUCUAUGUAGUUAGUGCUUUUGAGUUCAGCCCGGGCCACAUAGCAAGAUCCUCGAUGCAUGGAAAGGAUUUUAUUGUGACGAGGGGAUAGGAAAGGCUAUUCCACAAGUUACCUGUACUUACAUUAGCCAUUGUUUCUCCAGGUGAUAAGGAAGGUCUUCAAUGAAAUUUAUCCAGUGUGGACAUACUCUUACCUGCUGCUACUCUUCCCCGUGUUCCUUGCCACAGACUACCUCCGUUACAAGCCUGUCAUUCUACUGCAGGGACUCAGCCUUAUUGUUACAUGGUUCAUGCUGCUCUAUGCCCAAGGACUGCUGGCUGUUCAGUUCCUGGAAUUCUUCUAUGGCAUUGCCACAGCCACUGAAAUCGCCUACUACUCCUAUAUCUACACUGUGGUCGACCUGGGCAUGUACCAGAAAGUCACAAGUUACUGUAGAAGUGCCACCUUGGUGGGCUUUACAGUGGGCUCUGUCCUAGGGCAGAUCCUCGUCUCCGUGGUGGGCUGGUCACUGUUCAGCUUGAACGUCCUCUCCCUCACCUGCGUUUCUGUGGCCUUUGCUGUGGCCUGGUUUCUGCCUAUGCCACAGAAGAGCCUCUUCUUUCACCACAUCCCUUCCUCCUGUCACGGAGUGAAUGGCCUCAAGGUACAAAAUGGCGGCAUCACUACUGAUACCCCAGCAUCUAACCAUCUUCCUGGAUGGGAGGACAUUGAGUCAAAAAUCCCUCUAAAUUUAGAUGAGCCUCCGGUGGAGGAACCGGAGGAGCCCAAGCCAGACCGGCUGCGGGUGUUCAAAGUCCUGUGGAAUGACUUCCUGAUGUGUUACUCCUCCCGCCCUCUGCUCUGCUGGUCCGUGUGGUGGGCCCUCUCCACCUGCGGUUAUUUCCAAGUGGUGAACUACGCACAGGGAUUGUGGGAGAAGGUCAUGCCUUCUCAGAAUGCUGUCAUCUACAAUGGCGGUGUGGAGGCUGUUUCAACCUUGCUGGGUGCAAGUGCUGUGUUUGCGGUUGGUUAUAUAAAACUAUCUUGGUCAACUUGGGGAGAGGUGACGUUAUUCCUGUGUUCUCUUCUGAUUGCUGCUGCAGUGUACAUCAUGGACACCGUGGAGAACAUUUGGGUGUGCUAUGCAUCCUAUGUUGUCUUCAGAAUCAUCUACAUGGUACUCAUCACCAUAGCAACUUUUCAGAUUGCUGCAAACCUUAGCAUGGAGCGUUACGCCCUUGUGUUUGGAGUGAACACCUUCAUUGCUCUGGCCUUACAGACUCUGCUCACUCUGAUUGUGGUAGAUGCCAGGGGCCUUGGCUUGUGUAUUAUUACUCAGUUCCUGAUUUAUGCGAGUUACUUUGCAGCCAUCUCUGUGGUUUUCCUGGCUAAUGGCAUAGUCAGUAUUGUAAAGAAAUGCAGAAAGCAGGAAGAUCCCAACUCCAGCCCUCAAGCAACCACUUCCUAACGUGCUCCCGGAAUGCUGCUGCUUCCAAGCAAGGACUCUGCACAGUAACCGCUUGGAUGUACUUACACUCUCUGUGGCUCAGAUAACUAUUUAUGAAUGUGUAUCUCAUGCCUUCAAAGCAGCUACUCAACUAACACCUUGUACUCUUGGGGUUAGUGCAAUACUGUUGAGGGAGGCCAGAACUGAAGCUGUUUUUCAUGGCUUGUUUAUAAGCAGUAAUUUAAGAAUGACUUCUUCUAAUUCAUAAAACCCCACAAAACUUGAUUUUGGAAAACCGAGUAAUGAAGCAGCACGUCUGCUCUCUCCUUGAUUAGCAUGUGAGUGUGAUGCUUUUUGUCACAUUUGUCACUCACCCAGACCUGUAGCCUGGUGGGACCAGGGCUUCACAAGCUGCAGGAUGGUAGACGUCACGAUAGACGUGCGUUCUGUCAGCACUCGCCCCAUCCAGCCUCAUUUUGAUUUCAGUGUUACUUGUGUGCACGUGUAUGUCCGCAGAUGGAAAUCGUUUCUUACUGGCAAUAUCUGCUCAGGUUUAAUGUUCUGUCUUCUAAGGAGUGUUGUCUAAUUUUAUUUUUAAAAUUCAUUGUGUGAAUGUUAGUGCUUCCCAUUCUGACCAUUGUACAUUUUGGAAACUUUCUUUAGAAGUACAUUUGUGCACUAUUCAUAUGCUUCCCGGAGAAGCUCAUUUCAUUAGAAAAGGCACAUUUUAAAGCCUGCUGAUACCUGAGGAAGGAUAGUUAGGUAGGCUUGUUUGUCUUUAAUACUUCAGUAUGAAGGACUCUCGAUUGCAAUUAAAAAGGUCAUUUGUAGGUUAGAGAUACAGAGAGCCCAUUUUAUAUUUGCAUCCCCUUUCCUUUCCAAAACAAGAUGAACUCUUUUUUUCUUUGAGUAUCAUUCCCAUAUGCCUCUCAUCAUCUUGGCUUUCUUAGCCAAGAUCAAGAUGUCAGUAGGAACUGGAUUAUUCCACAGGCUUUUUUAUAAACUGAGCCUCUUUUUAAUGAUUUUAGUGGGGUUGGAACUAGGAUAGACCUUAGACCUGCCUUUGUUCCUCAGGGUAGAUCAUCUUGAGAGUUAAAGCAUUUCUUCCUUACUUGAAAGAGUGAUGUUCUGUGUGCUGAUAUUUGUGAGGCAUGGAAACUGUCGUCUUGUCGUGCAACAGAUCCGGGUAGGUGCUUUAAUGAGAGUGUUGACUUUUUAAGACCAACGUCACUAAACAGUAUUAUUAAUACUGAGAUUGCAAAACUGCAGCUUAAUGAAUACAUAGAAGACCCUGGGUCAACUACUAGCACUGGGAAGACCAAACCGCAUAGGAAACAUGAGGAUAGCACAGGUCCGUGGGUCUUCCUUUGCAGCUCGGGAGAGGAGAACACUAAGGAGACGGAGAACUAAGGUCAGAGUAGCCUUACAUUUAACGUCCGAGCUUACAUUUUGGUCUCCCUCCUCCCACCGUUUCUUGUUGCUCUGUAGGAUGUUGGUUGCCCAGAAACAAGAAGAAACGUGAUUGAGAAAUUUUAUUUUGUUUUUUAAAAUAAUAUGUAUUAUGAUACAAUCAAAUUGUUCACAUUACCAAAGCAAUAUUUCCUUGGAAUUUAGUUAACUAUUUGUGGCACUUAAUCUGAUCCUUCUUACCUGUCUAAAUCAAGACUAUGUUCAUGUACUACUAUGUGGCCAUGUUUGUGGAAUGCAAAACCCAAUGUGCUGUACUGUUUGCACUUUUAUGCAGAAGUGGAAAUAAUCUGUUGCACUUUUUAUUCAAUCUGUAUAGACUAUAAAACUAUUUUUAUUAAAUAAAUAUUUUACAGUAUA